CCGCCCGAGCUCCGUUGUUCAAACUUCUCACUAUUGACUCCUUAAGGUCGUUGUGUGAGAGUUGUUAUUAACUACGGUUUCUUGUUUUAACUUUAUUCUACAUUUUAACUCCUCUUCUUAGACAUGCGUGAGUGUAUCUCCGUCCACGUUGGCCAGGCUGGCGUCCAAAUUGGCAAUGCCUGCUGGGAAUUGUACUGUCUGGAACAUGGGAUCCAGCCGGACGGUCAGAUGCCCAGUGAUAAGACCAUCGGAGGAGGAGACGACUCCUUCAACACCUUCUUCAGUGAGACUGGAGCUGGAAAGCAUGUGCCGAGAGCUGUGUUUGUAGAUCUGGAGCCCACAGUCAUUGAUGAGGUGCGCUCAGGAACUUACCGCCAGCUCUUCCACCCUGAGCAGCUGAUUACUGGAAAGGAGGAUGCAGCCAACAACUAUGCCCGUGGGCAUUACACUAUCGGAAAAGAGAUCAUUGAUCUGGUUCUGGACAGGAUUCGUAAACUGGCCGACCAGUGCACUGGUCUCCAGGGUUUCCUGGUUUUCCACAGCUUUGGAGGUGGUACCGGUUCUGGUUUUACUUCCCUGCUGAUGGAACGCCUGUCUGUUGACUACGGCAAGAAGUCUAAGCUUGAGUUCUCCAUCUACCCAGCUCCCCAGGUGUCCACUGCUGUGGUGGAGCCCUACAACUCCAUCCUGACCACCCACACCACCCUGGAGCAUUCUGACUGUGCUUUCAUGGUGGACAAUGAGGCCAUCUAUGAUAUUUGUCGUAGGAAUCUUGAUAUUGAGCGCCCCUCCUACACCAACCUAAACAGGUUGAUCAGUCAGAUUGUUUCCUCAAUCACUGCCUCCCUCAGAUUUGAUGGUGCCCUCAAUGUUGAUCUGACAGAAUUCCAGACCAACUUGGUGCCCUACCCUCGUAUCCACUUUCCCCUGGCCACCUAUGCCCCUGUCAUCUCUGCAGAGAAGGCUUACCAUGAGCAGCUAACUGUCUCAGAGAUCACUAAUGCCUGUUUUGAACCAGCCAAUCAGAUGGUAAAAUGCGACCCUCGUCAUGGAAAGUACAUGGCGUGCUGUCUGCUGUACCGUGGUGAUGUGGUACCUAAAGAUGUUAAUGCUGCCAUCGCCACAAUUAAGACCAAACGUUCUAUCCAGUUUGUAGAUUGGUGCCCCACUGGUUUUAAGGUUGGUAUCAACUACCAGCCCCCCACUGUGGUGCCUGGUGGAGAUCUGGCUAAGGUUCAGAGGGCUGUGUGCAUGCUCAGCAACACCACUGCUGUAGCAGAGGCCUGGGCUCGUCUGGACCACAAGUUUGACCUGAUGUACGCCAAGCGUGCCUUUGUGCACUGGUACGUAGGUGAGGGUAUGGAGGAGGGUGAGUUCUCUGAGGCCAGGGAGGACAUGGCUGCCUUGGAGAAAGAUUAUGAGGAAGUGGGGGCAGAUAGUGCCGAAGGAGAGGAUGAGGGAGAAGAGUACUAAAGUGGUUUACACUAGCCUAAGGCUUCGGAAGUUUUCAACCUGUCUCUAAACAUUCCUAAAGACAAAAUGUUUUUUGCUGUCCCUUUCUAACCUUCUCAAUCUCUUUCACUAUUAAAAUAAAAGUCAAAUGUAACAUUUGUAAACAUGCAUUUGUUUUAAGUAUAACUCCUGAUGAUUCUAAUAAUAACUUUGUUCUAUGGUAGAAAAUAUAUUAAUAACAACAUUGCUGCCUAA